UCAGUGAGCGGCGUCAGUUACCACUUCCGGUGUUGAUGUAAGGUAGGCUACGAGCGUAAAGUACAACGGACGUAAACAAACAUUCUAAGUGUAACAACUGCAAGGGUAUUUAUUUGAUCACUAACUGCAUGUUUUAUCAACUCAAUUCACUAGAUUAUGUUUUGGCCGUGUGUAGUCUUGUAUCGAUGUUCCCCCGGGCAGGAUGUCUAUCUCGAGCAGCGUGGAGCGGUUGUCGAAGGAUGGGGAAUUCCACUUCAUCCUAUACAGGGGCUUCAUCCAGUACCACCUGUGAGCAAUAUGUGAAUGAAGUGGUGUCACAGAACUGUGUUGUGAUAUUUUCCAAGACCACAUGUCCGUACUGCAAAAUGGCGAAAAAUGUGUUCAAUGAAAUCGGGGCCACCUACAAAGUAGUUGAACUUGAUGAGCACAAUGAAGGAAGGAGACUACAAGAGGCCUUAGCUCAGAUGACCGGUGCCAGGACGGUGCCAAGAGUCUUCAUUAAUGGAAACUGCAUUGGAGGCGGCUCUGACACCAAACAGCUCCAUCAGCAGGGCAAGUUAGUGCCCCUUAUUAAACAGUGUACCCCCUGCUGUGCUGCGACCAGCUCCGAAGGAUCAGGCAGUGGACAGUUUGCAAAAUGACUAGCCGUUCUUUUGAUUUCUCUCAAUCAUUUAUUUAUUGAAUGUUUACUAGAUUUUUUGCUUCAAAUUCUAUAUGGCUUGAACACAGUUGUUCUUAUUUAUCAACGUGCACUGAAUACUUGAUGAUUUGUGUAUUGCUUGAACACAGUUGUUUUUAUUGAUAGGCUACUCGUUACCUUGUACACAUGUUCAUCCAUUAUCACAGCGUUUUUAUUAGUCAGCAUUGAAUACUCCAUCUGUAAAAGUGAUUUAAGUUAUUACUUUACAUUUCAGACUACUACCUCUAAAAUUAUACACAUGAUUUUAUAGGGCUCUUUGAAAUAAAACUUUUUUUUUUUUGACAAACGUU